AGUUACAUUGGGCGACUCACAUGAAUCCCAAGUACCAGGGACUGAGACAUUCCAGGCUGAACAUGCGGCACUUGCUGAGCUUCCCCCUCAUCUUAGUGGUGUUUGUGGUUGUGACUGCAGACCAGACACCUACAAACUCAACCCAACUGCACUUGGACAAGUCUCACCAUGAAGAGGCCCAGGUUGGUUCUAAUGUCACUUUAUGGUGCAACUUCACAACUAAACCUCCUGCACAACUGGGACUACUCACUGUCCACUGGACUAAGGACGGAGUCUCCAUAUUGUUUCUGAACAAAACCUACAUUCAACCCAACAGUACUCCAAUCAGUGAGGAGAAACUACAGAAAGGGGACGCGUCUCUGUCACUGAGCCAUGUCAGCAGAGAGGAUACUGGGAUAUAUAUCUGCUCCAUACAGUAUGGCACUAAGAGGGAGUCACUGAUUGUAACGCUAAGAAUCCUGGAUGACCCAGACUCAAUGGGGCAGAAGAAUGAUGGAUCCAGUAUGAAACAUGGAGCAGCUGUGGGUCCCUGGUGUGUGGCCCUCCUGCUGGUCUUUGGCUACAAGCCAUGAAGAACCUGCCAAUGGGGAGUCCCUGAUGUGCUCAAUACAAACCCUUCCAGCUUAUCUCCCAUGUAAUAAUCUACAUCCACAUUGUCACCAACAUAUUUCAGCUUUGUACCUGUUGCCAAUAUAUUUACCCACCUCCCAACAUUUUAGAAAGAGGGACAAAAAGAUUUGCCAAAAUGUUUUUGACCUCACCCAUUGUGUGGCCACACCCCCUAAUUACCACGUUCAAUUUACAAAAUUUGGCAGGUAAUGAAAGUUUGAACACAUUUCUGUGUUUUUUAUGUGUUAUUACUAAUGAAGGUGAAUUGCCCUUUAAGUUGCAAGUCACAUGUCCCCUAAGGGACCUGCUUAUCUUAAAUUGUUACAAUUGCUUCUUUGCUUAUCUUAAAUUGUUACAAAUGUAUCUAAGUGGAGCUGUCACAUAUUCUGGGCUCUCUGCCAAAAAGUCAAUUAAGUUAGAAACUUUGUAUCUUUUUCUGGCUGUUCAGUGCAGGAGAUCAAAGAGAAAGUCGGGAGAUUUCAGUAACAAUCCGGGACUGCGGGUUGAGCAGUCAAAAAACAGCCCAGUUGGGAGGGAUGUAUUUAGUACAAAACAACAGGCACAGGGAGUAUUUUCAGAGCCACAAACAGGGAAAAUCCUGAUGUUUAAAAACACCCCUUACCCCCUCUUCAACCCCAGCAACUGCCAUAGUACAGUUCCCUGAUAGGAACAGGAGGCACCUGCAGGAGGGCAGCCUCUCAGCUCCAGUUUGUAUUAAACACAUUUCAACAAGCAAA